GGCAAUACAUCUGCGAGUGUCGACCCCCUUUCACCUGUCCCCCUACCCACCACCCAAAACAUAGCAACAGUCCGCCACCGUCACCAAAACCCUGCUCUCUCUCUCUCUCUCACUCUCUGGCAUACUCACAAAACCUCCUCUACCAUGCCCUACUCAGCCAUUUUCCGGGCGUAUUUCAGAACAAACACAACCUCUUCUUCUCUUGUCAUGUCUCUCAGACCCACCACCACAGUUCAUGUGAGGGUCCACAAAACCCUGAAACCUUCCCUGCUUACUGCCUUGACGAGGCAUCGACCACCUGGGAUUAGGAACUCGCAUGUGCGGCCCUAUUCGAGGCCGCGGCUCAUAUGCUCGGCGGUUCAGGUGGACCGGAGGGUGAGGCAUAGGAGUCUUCCUAUCCCGUUUUGGGACCAGCAGAGCUCGAGUUACGGCCGGUUCGCGUACCAGGACGAGUCCAGCGACGAGUCGGACCGUGAGUUGGGGUCCUCUGAGCAGCAAUUGUGCACUUCAACUCUUGAUAAUAUUGAUGGUUGGAGAUGGAAGUUGACCAUGCUGCUUCGCGACAAAGAUGAGCAAGAAGUGGUGUCACGGGAGAAAAAAGAUAGACGUGAUUUUGAGCAACUUUCAGUGUUGGCUAGCAGAAUGGGUUUACAUAGCCGUCAAUAUGCAAAAGUUGUCGUAUUUAGUAAAGUCCCUCUGCCAAAUUACAGAUCUGACCUGGAUGAUAAGCGGCCGCAGAGAGAGGUGAUCUUACCUUUGGGAUUGCAAAGAGAAGUAGAUGGUCAUCUCAAAGCCUAUCUUUCUAAAAAUCCUAUGCGUAGUGGAAGUUUCUCAAAUUCCUUGUCAAGUGCAAGCAGUGUUGGAAAUGUUGAUAAUGAUGAGGGGUUUUACAAGCAGCAGGAGCCCUCAAUACCAAAUAGUGCUGCCAUGGAAAAAAUCUUCCGACCGAAAAGUUUGCAAUUGCGAAAUAAACAACAGAUUUGGCAGGAAUCUACUGAAGGCCAAAAGAUGCUUGAAUUUCGUAGAAGUCUCCCUGCAUUUAAAGAGAAAGAUGCAUUAUUAAAAGCCAUUUCUGAAAAUCAGGUCAUUGUUGUCUCAGGUGAAACUGGCUGCGGCAAAACCACGCAACUUCCUCAAUACAUCUUGGAAUCUGAAAUUGAGGCUGCUCGUGGAGCUGUCUGUAGUAUUAUAUGUACUCAGCCAAGACGCAUAUCUGCCAUGUCAGUUUCUGAAAGAGUUGCUGCAGAACGAGGGGAGAAACUGGGAGAAUCUGUUGGAUACAAAGUUCGGCUGGAGGGAAUGAAAGGGAGAGACACUCGCCUUCUUUUUUGCACCACUGGAAUAUUGUUGAGGAGAUUACUUAUCGACAGAAAUUUGAAAGGUGUAACUCAUGUUAUUGUCGAUGAGAUUCAUGAGCGUGGAAUGAAUGAAGAUUUUCUUCUUAUUGUCCUCAAAGAUCUCCUCACUCGUAGACCAGAAUUAAGGCUGAUUUUGAUGAGUGCAACCCUAAAUGCUGAGCUUUUCUCUUCGUACUUUGGUGGUGCUCCAACAAGGCAUAUUCCUGGUUUUACACACCCAGUGCGCACACAUUUUCUGGAGAAUAUCCUGGAAAUGACAGGAUAUCGAUUGACACCCUAUAAUCAAAUUGAUGAUUAUGGUCAAGAAAAGGUGUGGAAAAUGCAGAAACAAGCUCAAGCUCUUAGGAAAAGGAAGAGCCAGAUUGCUUCUGCUGUUGAGGAUGCACUUGAAGCAGCUGACUUUAAGGAGUGCAGCAUACGUACUCGGGAGUCUUUAUCCUGUUGGAAUCCGGACUCAAUUGGCUUUAACCUCAUUGAGCACGUGCUCUGCCACAUAGUCAGAAAAGAAAGGCCUGGUGCUAUUUUGGUUUUUAUGACUGGUUGGGAUGACAUAAAUACUUUGAAGGACCAACUCCAAGCUCAUCCUCUCUUGGGUGAUCCGGGAAGGGUGUUGCUGCUUGCAUGCCAUGGAUCCAUGGCAAGCUCUGAGCAGAGGCUAAUAUUUGAUAAGCCCGAAGAUGGAGUGAGGAAAAUAGUUCUAGCUACAAAUAUGGCUGAGACUAGUAUCACCAUCAACGAUGUCGUUUUUGUGGUUGAUUGUGGAAAGGCAAAAGAGACAUCAUAUGAUGCACUAAAUAACACUCCUUGUUUGCUGCCAUCAUGGAUAUCAAAGGCUGCUGCUCGUCAAAGGAGGGGAAGAGCUGGACGGGUUCAACCUGGCGAGUGUUACCAUCUCUAUCCCAGAUGUGUACAUGAUGCUUUUGCUGAUUACCAAUUGCCAGAACUUUUAAGGACGCCAUUACAGUCAUUAUGUUUACAAAUCAAAAGUUUGCAACUUGGGAGCAUUUCACAAUUUUUAUCUAGGGCAUUGCAGUCACCAGAACCUCUAUCGGUUCAAAAUGCCGUGGAUUACUUGAAGGUCAUUGGGGCUUUGGAUGAGAAUGAAAAUCUGACUUUGCUAGGACGCAACUUGUCGAUGCUUCCAGUUGAGCCAAAACUUGGGAAAAUGCUCAUAUUUGGGGCUAUUUUCAACUGUCUAGAUCCAAUCAUGACCGUUGUUGCUGGCCUGAGUGUCAGAGAUCCAUUUCUGAUGCCAUUCGACAAGAAGGAUCUUGCAGAGUCAGCAAAAGCGCAGUUCUCUGGCCGUGAAUAUAGUGACCAUCUUGCACUUGUCCGAGCUUAUGAGGGUUGGAAAGUUGCUGAAAGACAGCAAUCUGGUUACGAGUACUGCUGGAAAAAUUUCCUUUCUGCUCAAACCCUGAAAGCCAUUGACUCUCUUCGGAAGCAGUUUUUCUGUUUGCUCAAGGAUGGUGGUCUAGUUGAUCACAACACUGAAAACUGCAAUAGAUGGAGCCAUGAUGAGCAUCUUAUCCGAGCAGUCAUCUGUGCAGGCUUGUUUCCUGGAAUAUGUUCUGUUGUGAACAAAGAGAAGUCGAUAACAUUAAAAACAAUGGAGGAUGGUCAAGUACUUCUGUACUCGAAUUCUGUGAAUGCUGCGGUACCCAAAAUUCCAUAUCCAUGGCUGGUUUUCAACGAAAAGGUGAAAGUGAAUUCUGUAUUCCUCCGGGACUCAACUGGUGUGUCUGAUUCUCUGCUGCUCUUAUUUGGAGGGAACAUUUCCAGGGGUGGCUUAGAUGGACACCUAAAAAUGUUGGGAGGAUACUUGGAGUUUUUCAUGAAACCUGCUUUGGCAGAUACGUAUAUAAGCUUAAAGCGAGGACUUGAAGAAUUGAUACGGAUGAAACUUUUGGAUCCCAAGCUGGACAUGCAGUCGCACAAUGAGCUCCUGUUGGCUGUAAGAUUACUGGUCUCAGAGGACCAAUCCAAUGGUAGAUUUGUCUUCAAUCGCCAGGUGGCAACACCCUCAAAAAAGAAGAUGAAAGAGACACUACCAGGAACCCUUUUGAGAGGUGGAGGUGAGGGUGGUAAUUCAAAGAAUCUGCUACAGACAUUGCUUGCCAGGGCAGGACAUGAAGCACCCACCUACAAGACAAGACAACUGAAAAACAACCAGUUCCGUUCCACUGUGAUCUUUAAUGGGAUGAAUUUUUCCGGGCAACCUUGCAGCAGUAAGAAACUUGCAGAAAAAGAUGCAGCUACUGAGGCUCUGCUGUGGUUGAAGGGUGAGAGCCAUUCAACUCCCACAGAUAUUGAUCACGUGUCUGUGCUUCUAAAGAAGAACAAGAAGAAGGAUCAGAAAAGAACCUCAAUCCGUGGUGCUGCGAAGUGGGGUUAAUCAGAUAGAGUAAUUUAUUGUUAUUUCUUACCAACAAAAAAUUCCUAGUCCCAAGUGAAAGGUUUCGCAGAACAGGAUGGAGUUCAUAUCUUUCCAGAGAUGGAGUGGCAACCAGAGUGGGGAAGCUGCAUUUUCAUAAAAUCAUAACCAGGUGCUGACCCUAGUGAACUCUAGAAUAUAUUUCUGGACAUGAAGUUAGAACUGGAGGAGAUGCUACAGUUUAUGAUAUCUAUGACAGGUGCUGACAUUAUAGAAUCCCAUAAUUCUGGAAGGGGGGAUAACAUCACUGGGAGGCCAAAGGUGGAGAUUCUGCCUCAAGUGUCAAGCACCACUGUAGACAGAUAAUGGCUAUAUUAUUAUGGAGGCAGGUUAAUGCUGCAUAAGAAAUAUUACCUUAACCCUUGUUACAUGGAGGUUUCAGUGCAGUUGUGAAGUAGUGAAAGGGUGAAAACAGAAAUUAUUUUGCAGUGAUAGAAGAAGCUUAAUGCAAAAAUGUACAUAUUAGACCAAUUUAUGCAACCCAUUUUUGGUCAAUCCUAUGCCACCUGAUAGUGUGGGUCAACUUUCACAAGUCGGGACCCAAGUAUCAGACAUAUAUACAUAUAGACAUGAUUGGUUCAGGCUUUAAUACCUUUGUUGAAUUGUAGACCAAUGUUAUUAAUUUAAGAGCAUUUCAGCAUCU